AUGGAUAUUUUGCAGCAGCUACGCUGCCGAAUCAGAGCGGCCAAAGUCGAUGCGGCUGGACAGGUCGGGCGAUGUUUUAUUCCCGAGGGCUCCAUUGAAGGACUUCUGCCGCGGGAUGACAUUGCCACAGCCUUGCAGAAAGAGGACUUUCAGAUACCCUUCCACAAGCGCCAGACAACCGCUGAUCUAAUCGUCGAGGAAGGAAGACUGAUAUUUGCAAUACUGCUGGAAACGAACCUGGAAUUUAAGCUUCCGCACCUUCUCGAGCAACGGGUAACGGACAAGCGGUUACCCCUUGACGAGUCACGCUCACGCCAAAUCUUCGAAGAAAACGCCUCGCACUUCUUCAAUAACCAAUGGUCCUUCCUGCCAUAUAAAUUUCGCAGAUUUGCAUUCCACAACCAACUCCAAAAAGAAGAAGUGUUACCAUACAUUGAGGAGAAUCAAAUUGGCGGGGGUGGAUUCUCCACCGUCUAUAAAGUACGGAUCCAUCCUAAACAAGAUGAGCUGCAUGAGUCUUCUCCAGCGAGCGGCUACCGUAUUCGGAAGAGGCUUGAUGUUCGCAGCAUCAAGGGCCCAAAAAUCGAAGAAUCCGAACUGCUCUUUUUGCUCGGGGCGCUCGAGCACAGGAACAUCGUCAAGCUCCUCGCCGCAUACACACAAGACGGUACCCCGAGCUUGAUCUUUGAGCCAGCCGAUUGCGAUCUUCGUGACCUUUUGAAAAUGGAACGCAGACUUCCCGUAUUUGCCCAAGAUUCCUCGAUCUUCAAAGCUCUGCACGGGCUUGCCAGCGGCAUAAAGCACCUCCACAACUUUAGUCUGAUCUCAAUGAUGCAGCAAUCUCCAUCGGACAUGCCCCCUCGAAAGGGAUGUCAUUACGACUUAAAACCAGCCAAUGUCCUCGUCCGUGGGGCCGACUUUGUCCUAGCCGAUUUCGGCCUUUCAAGGCUCAAGCCGCUUGACGAAGACUCAAAAACCCCGUUCCGCGGAGCAACGCGAGAAUACGGCGCGCCCGAAUGCGAGGACCCCGAAACAUUUGAGAAGGGAAUGAUCGGGCGAGCCUCGGAUAUCUGGUCUCUCGCAUGUAUCAUGCUGGAGGUCUUGACGUACGUGGAGAAGGGAUCAAAGGGCGUCGAGUGCUUCCGAGGCGCGCGAGUGUAUCAGGGGACAUACGGGAAGCUCUCCGCCUUCCACAAAGACAGGCAGGAACAUCCUGCUGCCGAGGAGCAAGUUACGCUGCUUCGCACCACCUCGGGUCGUGAGCCGCCCUUGUUGGACACGUAUUCGUUUCUACGAAACAUGCUCUCCCUCGACCCAGAGGCCAGACCGCUAGCCGAGGCUGUCCAGAUGCAGCUGUCCAAAGCCGCGUUGCAGGUAAUACUGGGCGAGAUCUUACAGAUCUUAAGUGAUCACGUUGAGACUUCCAGGAAUCCGGAACAUACGUGGGUAUUCCGAGCCAGACUACAACUCGAGCUGAACCGUCUUCGUGCAUGGAGCGGCACGGGUGGACUGCUUCGACUUGAAACGGGAUUUGAGCACACACAGCGUAUCGAAAUCAGCCAGUUCGAGGACGUUUUUGCCUAUUUCAAGACGACGAUUGCGGCACUGCCUCGCGCUGAAGGAUCAUCGGCCUCGAAAAGUAUGCUUCAAGACCGGGAAGACUGUGUUAUUGCAUCCCUGUACCAGCUCAACAACCACCUCUAUACUGUAUUGUCAAACGAGCAAAAGAUCAUGGCAGACUCUCUAUUUGCCAGCCUGAUCACCGCGACCGACGACAACAAUGUUUUAGUCGGUAUCAAGAACGCAGCGGGCCACACGUCCACGCCUCAGUACGAGAAUGCCGGAGCCUUGGCCGCAAUGAAGUACAUGGCCAUCCUCUACUCCAAAGGCCAGGAUGUGCCUGGUCCAACCGCCAGACUCGAUCCCGCUCUCUUCACGCCAGAUGGGGACUCAGAUGCCGAGCAUAUCCGGCCUCGACCGUAUUGGUACGAUUACGACCUCGGGCAGAGAAGAAAGGUGCACGUGGAGCUUAUCGGCUACGGAAAGAAGUGGACAAAGGACGUCAACAGCGAGGACUUCAAGCGCAACGGCGAAGCCAUCUUUUCCCGCAUCCAAAAACUUGCUGCCUUGAUGAGGGACAAUCCUCGUCCAGAGGAAUUUUGCGCAUUGAAGUGCAUCGGCGCCUACCACAACGCACAGGAUAGAUGCUUUGGCAUUGUGCACGAGGUUCCACAGCAGAAUCAGUAUUCUGUGCGACUCCGCCACCUGCUUAAAGACCGCAAGGCCAAGGUGCGCGCACGCCAGCCUGACAUGGACGAGAAGUGCCGUCUGGCGUACAAGCUCGUGUCGUCGGUCAACAAGCUCCACCUCUCAGGAUGGCUUCACAAAGCCAUAAACUCAUCCAAUGUCAUCUUCGUCCACCCUUCCAGGGACUCUUGGGAAGGUCUUGGAUAUGAUGAGCCCUACAUCAUUGGCUUCGAUCACAGCCGUGAAGAUGAGCUGAAUGCCUACACAGAAGGCCCAUCGGAAAACAUGAAGACCGAAUACCAGCACCCGCUCUACCAGUCAGGGACUGUGCCUUUCUGCAAAGCCUUCGAUCGCUAUUCACUGGGUCUGCUGCUUCUCGAAAUCGGGCUUUGGGCUCCAAUCAGCAUGAUCUACUCUGAGCGCAGCGAGGCUUCUCCAGACGACCUCAGCAAGACAUAUAUGCGGUAUUGCGAAGAGAAGCUACCGAAAAUGAUGCCGAAGAAGUACAGCAAUGCCGCGAGGAAGUGCCUCGCGCUCGGGUUUGAAAGAGAGAACCCGAUGGAAGCGGACCAGACGUUUCACCAGCAAGUCAUAGGGAACCUUGCCGCCCUUCUAGACUAG